AGACUCCGGUUACCCGGAUGUAGUCUGUGUCUCUCGGCUUCCUCAGAGCUCCGUCUUCGAGUAGCUCGUGUAGCGAAUAGUUUUAUUUGAAUUUAUUUUACAGCAAAAUGGUUUUAACGCGCCGAUAAUUCUCCAGAGAGAAACUAAAGGAAUGAGUUUAUCAGAAGAGCAACGUCAUCUACAGGUUUAACCCUGCAGUCUACAGCGAUGGCCCACUCGGACAGAGAGCAGGACCUUCGGGUGGUCCUACUUGGGAAAGUAGGUGCAGGCAAGAGUGAAUCGGGCAACACACUGCUUGGCUCUUCAUGCUUUGUGUCUGAGCUCAGUGGCUCUGCAGUCACCCAGCAGUGCGAGGCUCAGACUGUGACCUUGGGAGGAAAGCGGAUCAUGGUGGUGGACACUCCAGGACUGACUGCAGAAAUGGACUCAAACACAGCUAAGAAGAAACUGCUCCAGUGCCUCCAGCUCUCAGACCCAGGGCCUCAUGUCUUUCUUCUGGUGAUCCCCCUGGGCCGAUUCACCCAGGAGGAGAGAGACACUGUAGAGAGAGUGAAAGAAGUGUUUGGGAAGAAGCUCUACAUGUUCACCAUUAUCCUCUUCACUUUUAAAGAAAAUAAUACCUCCAUUGAGGAGUAUAUCAGGACUGCUGGGGACAGUCUUCAGCAGCUGGUUCAGAAGUGUGGCAGUAGGUACCACUCCUUCAGUGAAAACCCUGGUAAAAAGGACCAAGAGGAACUUAUAGCAAAGAUAGACAAACUAGUAGCAGCCAAUGGUGGUAGAUGGUACACCAACACAGAGGACGAGAUGGAAGAUCUUGAAAUAAGACUGAAGCAUCAACAUUUAGGUGGGGGAAGCUUGACCUCCAAAACGAGUGUCUCUGAAAAACUUGGCAGUCUGGUUCACAGUAAGAGACCAGACUCUCCUGAGCCCAGCUGUGUGUCUAUGAAGAGUGAUGCUUCAAUGGAGAAACCCAUACACUUCAAACAGGGAGAGUCUUCACCUGAACUGAGAGCCCAAAAGGAGAGAGCAAAGAUCACCAUGACACGUCUGGAGUCCAUAUUCCAGGAACUGGAGCACAAACUCAUCUCUCUGGUGAAGAAUCAGCUGAAGAGGUUCAAGAAGGUACUGAGUCCAGAUUUCCCAGCAUGCUCUGAGAGGGAGGUGGAGGGUGAGGUGGAUCAGAGUGUCAGACAAGGAACACAGCAGAUCGCACUGCACGUCCUGAGGAACAUGAACCAGACAGACCUCGCCAACACACUACAAACCAAACUGGCUCCUGCUUGUCAUCAAAACCUCAAAUCUACAUUGAAAAAGAAAUUCCAGAGAAUUAAUGAAGGAAUCUCAUAUCAUGGAGGCUCAACACUUCUGAAUGAGAUCUACACAGAGCUCUACAUCACAGAAGGGGGGAGUGGAGAGAUCAAUAAUGAACAUGAGGUGAGACAGAUUGAAACAGCGUCCAGGAGACCAGCAGCACAGGAGAGACCCAUCAACUGCAGUGACCUCUUUAAAGACACAGCCGUCAGAACUGUACUGACUAAUGGAGUUGCUGGAAUUGGGAAAACAGUCUCAGUGCAGAAGUUCAUUCUGGACUGGGCUGAAGGAAAAGCAAAUCAGGACAUCCUCUUCAUAUUUCCACUUCCUUUUAGGGAGCUGAAUUCAGUGAAGAGUAGAAAACUCAGUCUGGUUGAUCUUCUUCGUCUCUUUUUCACAGACAUAAAAAAGUUAAACCCAUCAGAUUAUUAUCAGUACAAAGUCUUGUUCAUCUUUGAUGGUCUGGAUGAAAGUCGACUUCCUCUAGAUUUCCAGAACAAUGAGAGCUUGUCUGAUGUAACACAGUCAGCCUCAGUGGAUGAGCUGCUGACAAACCUCAUCAAAGGGAAUCUUCUUCCCUCUGCUCUUCUCUGGAUCACCUCUCGACCAGCAGCAUGUGGUCAGAUCCUGCUUGAGUGUGUUGACCAGGUAACAGAGGUACGAGGAUUCAAUGACCCUCAGAAAGAGGAAUACUUCAGGAAGAGGGUCAGUGACCAGAGUCUGGCCAACAGAGUCAUCACACAUAUGAAGUCAUCAAGAAGCCUCUACAUCAUGUGCCACAUACCGGUCUUCUGUUGGAUUGCAGCCACUGUUCUGGAGAGGAUGCUGGGUGAAGCAGAGAGUGGAGAGAUCCCCAAGACUCUGACUCAAAUGUUCACACACUUCCUGAUCUUUCAGAUCAAACACAAAGACCAAAAGUACCAUGGAAAAUGUGACCCUGAUCCUCGGCAGACUAGAGAGAUUAUUCUGGCUCUGGGAAAACUGGCUUUCCAACAGCUGGAAAAAGGCAACCUGAUCUUCUAUGAGGAAGACCUGAGAGAGUGUGGCAUUGAUGUCAGAGAAGUGUCAGUGUACUCAGGAGUCUGCACUCAGAUCUUCAGAGAGGAGUUUGGGAAGCGUCUGGGUAAAGUUUACUGCUUUGUCCAUCUGAGUGUUCAGGAGUUUCUGGCUGCUUUGUUUGCAUUUUUCUCCUUUAUUUCUCAGAACAGAAAUGUGCUGAAACAACAAACACAUUCAGAAUCAACAGUGACUGAUUUUCUCAAGAGUGCAGUGGACAGAGCUUUACAGAGUGAGAAUGGACACCUGGACCUUUUUCUCCGUUUCCUUCUGGGUCUCUCACUGGAGUCCAAUCAGACUCUCUUACGAGGUCUACUGACUCAUACAGGAAGCACUUCUAACUGCAGAGAGGAAACAGUUGAGUACAUCAAGGAGAAGCUCAGGGAGAAUCUCUCUCCAGUGAAAUACAUCAAUCUGUUCCACUGUCUGAAUGAACUGAAUGACCACUCUCUAGUGCAGGAAGUCCAGACAUACCUGAACAGAGGAAACUAUCCCUGUCUAUCUGGAGUCCCCCUCUCUCCUGUUCAGUGGUCAGCUCUGGUGUUUGUGUUGUUGAACUCAGAGGAAGAGCUGGAUGAGUUUAAUCUGAGAAAAUAUGACCCAUCAGAUGAAUGUCUUCUGAGGCUUCUGCCAGUCGUUACAGCAUCCAGAAAAGCUGAGUGAGUAUUUUCAUUAUUACACAUUUUACUGCACUGUUUAUUUUAAGAGUGAUUUUAGUCAUAAAGUUUUCCAUGAUUUUAGUGGAAUGAAAUCCAGAAAACCCCUGUCCUGAUUAACAAGCCCUUACUGAGUUAAAGUGGAUGUGUUGGUGCAGGAAAUCACUACAAUGUGCAGGGUUGGGAUGUAAAAGUAUACAAGUAGAAAGAAAUGAGGUGUCUGAGUUCAGUCCAAGUUACAUUUUGAACAGGCAACAUUCAGGACACAGUUACCUUUUUAAACUUUUAAGAUUUUAUGGAUACCAACUAAAUAAAAAAAACAUAAAAUUUUUAAAAAUAACACCAUUAAUACUUGUUUGUUGACCUCAAU